AUGUCUCUAGACCAUUUUAUCCGUCUUGCCGGCAGUAUUAUUGAAUUCGAGGCUGACUAUAAUGAAAAACGAUAUCCCAUAAAUUCAAUUCAUGCACUUGCGAUCCACAAAGAUAAAUUGAAGUCCACUUGGAAUCAAAUCAAGUCAGCAUAUGAUAAGUUUUUGUUCGAUAAGGAAAAUGAAGAAGAGUCCGACAAUGACGAAUCCGAAAAUUUAGAAUUAUCCGAAUUGUCCGAUACGCUUCGUGUUCCGUCUCAACCCAAAAACAAUACCAUUUCUCCAAAUUUUCCACCGGCUGUUAUAAGUCAGGCUUCCGAUUCCAAUCAAUUUCAUCGUUUCAAUCUACCUCCAUGUGAAAUAGAUGUAUUUCAUGGUAACUAUGAGUCAUGGCCGACUUUCCGAGAUCUCUUUACGGCCAUGUACAUUAAAAAUUCCAUACUUAGUCCGGUAGAGAAACUUUUCCAUUUAAUCCAAAAGACUUAUGAAGAAGCUAGACAGAUUGUCCAGAUAAGUCCUUUGACGAACCAAGGCUUUGAUUUGGCUUGGUCUAAUCUUACCAGUCGGUUUGAAAAUCGAAGAGUCCAAGUCAAUGGUCAGCUUAAAAUCCUAUUUAACCUGCCUUGUAUAUCCCUGGAAUCCGCACAAUCCAUACAAAAUUUGCAACGGGACAUUAAUGCAUGUAUAUCCAUUCUAAAACUCCAUAAUAUAGACACUGACAGUUGGGAUCCAAUUUUUGUGUUCCUUUGUUCCAACAAACUGCCUGAUUCGACAUUAACUCUAUGGGAGCAAGGUUUAAAAGAUAAGUCUUCCAUUCCGAAGUGGUCGGAUUUCGAUGAGUUUCUAACAAAUCGUUACCGUACUUUGGAAUCAGUUUCCGAAAUCCGUUCCACUCUUUCCAUGCCUUCAGCAUCCAAAUCCAAAGCGUUAAAUAUUUCAUCCAACGUUUCCAACAGUUCUUACCGUACUUCAAGCCCGAAAUGUCAGUUGUGUCCCAAAGAAUUUUAUCCGAUACGCAAAUGUUCUACAUUUUUGCAAAUGGAUUACUCCCAGCGCAUUGAUGAGAUCAAAAAGUUAAGUUUGUGCAUUAAUUGUUUCUCUAAGACACAUUCAGUACGGAAUUGUAGUUAUCCUACUAAUUGUUUCCGAUGCAACAAAAGGCACAACACUUUACUCCAUAGAGAUUCCGAAACAUUCACAGACCCAUCUGCUCCUGGUACAAGUUCCAAUUUAGAUCCAAAUGUCGAACCAUAUGUAACUCAUUCUCAUUCCAUUACAAUACAGUCUACUAGUUCUGGAGCUGACAUGGUUCAAUCCUGA